AUGGCUCGGUCGGUCAUGUCGCGGGCCGUCGUGGUGCGCGAGAAGUACUACUGGCCGGAUGCACAGCUCAACCUAUGGACCAUCAUCAUGCUGGCGACGGCGGGCACGCUAAUCGGCAUUUGCGCCAUGUUCAUCACCAUCCAGCAGCGGUUCCGCACGGGGAUCCCGUGGCUCUUUCCCUACGGAAUCACCGUGGGCGCGCUGACGGUCGUCUUCAUCAUCAUUGAGAUCGCGCUCGUCGCCAAGCGGAGGCUGAUGCCCGGCAUCAUGAUGGUCGGCAGCUUCAUCCUCCUCGUCCUGUUCCUCACGGGCAUCAUCGAGACGGGCAUUCAGCUCUUCGGAUCGGGAGCCGAUGUCAAUGGCGUGUGUCAGCGAUACGUCACCAACAACGAGCAGUUCGGCCCUAGCGUCAACACGCUGGCUUGGUUGGAGCAGAAUAGCAUUUGUCAACAGUGGCAGGCAAUGUUUGCGUUCUGGAUCAUCGGCACCGUCUUCUGGGUCUGGAUGAUGAUCAUGGCGUCCAUGGUUAACCAGAGGCAGUUCGAAUAUUGA